AUGGACUACAGCUAUCGACAGCAGAAACUGUUGCAAAAUAAUGAAGUUCCACAGAACACAUUUAAAGGACUUUACCCCGAGGGGCAAGAAGUUCUGUACAGCUACUCUGCAGUGGUUACAACUGGAACUAAGUCUCCGGCACCGUUUGUGUCUCAGUUCAAUUUGACUGGAAAUAUUAAAGUGCAGGGAUUCAAGAAUAGAGCCAGAGUACAGUUUGUCAACUUGAAGUUUGUUUCGUAUAGUGGUGAUUUAGCAGCUGAAAAGAAGUUGAAAAUAUCCAAACUACCAGACAAUGCAGCGACAUUGUAUCAACCAUUUGAUAUAUAUUACAAAGAUGGUCAGGUUUCCAAAUUAGAAAUGUCAUCGGAAACGCCAAUGUGGUCAAGAAGUAUAAAGCAAGCUGUUAGUGGUAUUCUGCAGUUUGAUCUACCAAAAAUCAACAUUGAGGAAUAUUCUGCUUUUUUGUCAACUGAACAAAGUAUACACGGACUCUGUGCAGUGUUGAAUUCAGUAAAACCGCACAAAAACAAGCUUCACAUCACAAAGUUUUACAACACAAGAGACUGCCUUGGAGACACUGCGGAGUGGUCUAAUGUGGAAACUGAACCUGGAUGUUUGAAUUUUAAUCCUCUGACUAAUAAUUUGGAGUCUACUAGCCAAAAGACUUACAGGGUGACUCCCUAUGGUGAAGAUACUCUACUCAUAAGAGAAGUAUUCACAGAAGGCAAAACCCACAGAUUCCUGAGAGGAAACUCAAAUUCUUCUCAUUACAUUACUGUUAGCCAGAAGUUGCAACUUGUAUCAAUGAAUGGUAUCACCAGAGUUGUCGAUAUUCCUAACCCCGAGGAAAUACACAGUCUAGAAUUUAAAUCUGGACAGUUUGAUUCUUUUAAAUUUUCCACCAAUGAAGAUUUAAAUAAGGUUGUGAAAAAGGUACAGCACCUACUUCCCACAGUUCGCUCACAAUUGGAGGGAAUAAACUCUUUACUGUCAGAACAAGUUGGAGCUCAGGAACCACAUCUGGUCCCGCUGGUGAUCACGUACUUGCGUAAACUGGAUAUUGGCUUGCUACAGCAACUGUACGACGAGUUGGAGAAAAAUAAUGACAUUACAUCCAUUGACAUGUUGAUCAAAAUACUACCCUUGGUUGGAAGCCAGGAUUCAGCUUUGUUUCUUAUAAAUUUAGCGAAAGAAUAUAAAGUGAAUGAUUACGAGGCUGAACUUCUAAUUUCAUCGUUGCCAUUUCACCUUCGGCAACUGUCCGAGGAACACCUGUCGAAGUUUGAGGGACUCUUAAAUCUUCCUGGACACACAAAAACCGAUGUGAGGAAUGCAGCAAUUUUAAGUUUUGCAACUCUAAUUUACGAAACAUGCAAGAGUGGAAGAUGCAAUCCGAAGACCAUAAACAAAUACACUCUUCAGUUUAUAGAAAACAGCAAGGAAUACCUAAACCAGUUAGUUUAUCUGGCUGGCCUGAGCAAUCUACACUUGGAGAAUCUCGUAGGGAUUGUGGAGCCUCUGAUCUCUGGAGAAGACCCAGUGUCCAGUGAGACUGUCAAAGUGUUUGGAUUGCGAGCUGUGUUCCCAGUGGUUGCUGCAAAUCCUGAUAAGGCUUACAAGAUAUACUGGCCUGUUAUUAUAAACCCUGAUAACACUCUGGAACUAAGGGCAACGGCCUUGACUUUGUUGAUGGAGGCUCAGCAAGAAUUGUCAGUUUUUACUCAGCUUCAUCAGACUAUGACAGUUGAUGAGUGCAACUCUCACUUGCAUAACAUUUACUACAAACUGAUCAAAAGCUACUCAGAAGACAAGCAGCACUGCCAUUCAACUAGGAAACAUAUUGCUCAACAGAUUAUGAGAACAAUGAAGAAACCUGUUAUAUCCGAGAUUGCUUCCUCCUUUUAUGAGUUUUCUGUUGCUGAUGGGAAGUUGCGAGUGUUGUCAGUUGUUGGUUCAGUACCAGAAUAUGGAAGUUCUGCUUACAUUACUUACUCAUCUAAUUGUGAUGAGAAUCCUAUCACUUAUUAUUCAAUUUACAUUAAAUUAAAAGGAGUCAAAAUAGAAAUGCUGAACGAUAUUUUACAAACAAUUGUUCAUCCUUCAAAAGCAGCAGAUAUUCUGGUGAAACUGAUUCAACAUGAUCUGAUUCCUGAAAACUUUCAACUUGAGCUUAUAUUGUUAUAUCAACAACAAGUGGUCAGCUUGAGGAACUAUGAUAAAGACAACAUCGAUGGCUUACUUAAAGACUUGAUCAAUACAUUCCAAUCACAGAACAUCUUAAACCUCUCAGUCUUGCAUGCAUCCAGUUUCUUUAACAAGGAAACAUUUUUUGUCACUGAUAUUGGAUUUCCUGGAGUUGUAUCCUUGGAUUAUCCAAAUAUUUUCAGUUUCAAAGCUGAAAAAUCAUCAAGUGCCUCCACUCAAGAUGUGACUUUUGAUUUACGGUACUGGUCCCAAGGUUCAGCUGUUUUGAAAAUUAAGAACACAAUGGUAGACAUUUGGCAGGGCAUCAUAAACUCUCACAGCAGCCGUUUUAAUUUGCCUCUUCAUUUAGAAAUUAAACUUAGCGAUCACAUUUAUGUGACAUUGAAGCCAGCUUUGGAUAAAGAGAAUAACCACGUUGGGUUCAAAUGGCACACACAAACUGACAUAUUCACUGUGACCAACAGUGAGAACUAUGAUGCAUUAUCUGUGUCAUGUAACAACUGCAAACCUCUCUCUUCAGUGAAGGGCAAAAAAUCACAGACUGUUGAAAAUAAACUAGACAAUCUUUGCUAUAGUUUACACAGUAAGAUAUUUGACUGUGAAGAUGAUGGAAGCACCAACUUGUUAAGCUCUACUCCAGGUUUUGAGGCUCCAAAUCUACUAAACACCUUAGGAACGUUAUUAACUGCUGGAUUAUUCCUCCAAAAAUAUUUGCUUGGUCUGCCAAUUAGUGGAAGCUGUGGCUAUUCUACAGUUUACACUCCAAGUCAGGAAUAUUCUGUUUGCAUCAAGUCUCUUCAACAGAUAAACAAUGUAACUAUAAUGAUCGGAAAUUCCAUAUCCGAGGAGCGAUGUGCACCCAACAUUAUGGAAAUCUCUUUAUCGCUCGAUGGAUCGAGUGAAGGCUCCUACGACAAGGAACAGCUGAUGGGACAAUGUAAGCGGAAACUGGCGGCUGGGUUCGAGGCCAAACUCAAAGAACAGUUUAAAGGGAAGGUCAGCACUUGUGGAAUGGCGAAAUCAAACAGUUACGCUGACAAUCAGGAGUGGUGCGAUAAAGAAAUGAAACCUCAACUGUUGAGCUGCAUGCAGACAGAAAUGAAGAGAAGCCACCAAGAAAGAGUGAUGAAACUCAGCGCUAAGUUUAGUGAGUUACCAACAAGUUUAGAAGAUGCUUUUCUUCGCCUCAUUGCUGGAUCAGAUGCGGAAGUAACCAAGGAGGAAGAAAGUGAUACUAAUGAAACCGGUGCAACAUUUGUUGUAAAUCUUACAAAAAGUAAAUACUCCUUACAUUUGCCUCAUAAGCACAUUUUGUUCUCUAAUACUUUACAUUAGAGCUGAUUAAGCCAUUUAAUUAUUUAGCAACAAAAUACAAUUUAUAGAGAUAAUUUUCAGUUGGAUUUUUAUGAUGUUUUAGUUUUAACUAAGAUCUCAUUACCAGUAUUACAAUUACUUAUUCAUGAGUUCCAUGAUUGCUGGCACAAGAUGAAAUGUUUUGUUACUUUAAU